AUGGCUGUCGAAUCAAAGGUUCACCAUGAGUCAUCUGAAGAAUACGACUCUGAAGAAUACGAAGAUGAUGAAGAGGUGCUCGAUACUGAGCACAUGGAUGUGGAAAUGGAAGAAGUUUAUUUCAAGACACAAGGUAAAGAGAGAUGCAAGGAUGCUUUCCUUAACUUCAGUUCUGAUUAUGAAGAUAAUGAAGCUGAUGAAGACAAUGACUUAGUUGAUGAAGAUGAAGAAGGGUUUGGUUCAGAAGAGGAAAUCGAUGACACUGCAGGGGCUAAUGAUCUUGAUUUGGGAGAUGCGGUUGGUGCAUGCUUCCCCAUUCACGACCCAUCAGUUAAGUGGAAUAAGAUGAAUCCCCCCUUCUUGGUGAAAGGUAUGAAUCACCACAUCAGUUGCAACAAUGUCUCACGAAUUAUGCUAUUAAGUCAGGGUAUAACAUUAAAUUUGCGAAGUGUGACACUGUGA